GCAGGGGGAGGAGUGGGAAAAAGAGGAGGAGUUGGAGCUCACAGUCACAGACAGAGACAGGCUGCGGGAGGAAGAGUCUCCGGGCGCAGGCAGAAGCUCUACAGCUCAUCGCCGAGAGGAACCAUGGGAGUGGAAGUCGAGACGAUCAGCCCUGGGGACGGAAGGACUUUUCCCAAGAAAGGACAGACGUGCGUGGUGCAUUAUGUGGGCUCCCUGACAGAUGGACGCAAGUUCGACUCCUCUCGUGAUAGGGACAAGCCCUUCAAGUUCAAAAUUGGCAAACAGGAAGUAAUCCGCGGCUGGGAGGAGGGAGUGGUGCAGAUGAGUGUGGGUCAACGGGCCAAACUGACCUGUUCACCUGACUACGCCUAUGGAAACAAAGGUCAUCCAGGCAUCAUUCCUCCCAAUGCCACCCUUAUAUUUGAUGUUGAACUGCUGGGACUGGAAUGAGACAAGUCAGCAGCCUGUUUCCUUUUUUUCGUUCGUGUUGUGUGACUUCCUACUUGGGUGUCCAGAGAAGAGUCUGCACUUGAUCCUAUAUAAGACUUGAGCCUAUAGUUCCACUACUUAUUUCAUUAAACUAUGACACUCUGUGUUUGUUUGUUUUUUUAACCAUGUGUUAAUCUUAAAUUGUUUUGAGUUACGCUUUAAUUUUGCAAUGUUUUUUUUUCCUUCUGGAAAGAGUUAGAAUGCUUAAGAAACACCGACAAAACACUCGCUUCGACAAUUAUCACAAUGCCAAUGAGCCAAUUGUAACGUUGAAGAGCUGAUGCUACUUUUAUUUCAGGAAAAAAAAGAAAAGAAAAUGAAAAGCACACAUUUAUAUCCAGCUGAAAGAUUAGAAUCAAAUGAAAUGAAACUGAGAGAUGUGACUGGAAAAUUGGAAUUUGUGGCUUAACCUCAGGUCUCACGAAGAACCAUGUUAAAACUGGUCAAAUGCCACUGGGUUGUCAUUGUGAAAUUGUAAAAGCCCCUCAGGAGUAAUCUGUGUGUGAGGAGAAGCAGUCCCAGUUGUAGAUAUUCCUAAUGUGUGCCUAAAUUGUCUCACUAGACACGUGGUCACUAGUUUACCCCCGUCUGCAUGUUUCAAGGCCUGAACAUAGAUGUUGAACGCUUUGCGGUUUCUUUGCAUCAUUAACGCUCUUUCAUCUUUUUAAACCCCAUUUAAAGCCAUACACAGGCAGAACAGCGCUAAGUUAGGAUUCACAGUGAUUGCACAUCUAUUGGAUUUUGUUUUACUUCCUAGAAAAAUGGAAAAUGCUUGAAAUUUACAGCUGAAGGGCGGUGAGGUGUCAAUCUAAUUGUGACCUCCCCUGAACAUAUUUUGUGUAACAAACUUCAAUGAUUAUGUAUUUUUCAGAUGCCAACUUUCUAUUUCUGACAACUGAUGAAGUAAAUGUAUGUAUAAUCAAUGAUGAUGCAUAAUCUGUUCUUCUUUUUCUUUGUAAUAUUUCUUUCCUUUUAUUUUAGCCAGGACCAUUUAAGUACCACGCUGCCUAACUACAGUCUAUGUGGUUGUAGAAUUAAAAAAAAAACAGAUGCUGACACACGGGCAUCCUCACAGUUUUGUAUUUCAAAUAAAUAGUUUUAAAUGGAGUUUAAAUGAAGGUAAUCGCUGGCCUGGCUGUCAGAUACUGACUAUGGCUGUCCAUGUUACAUAUUGGCUGGUGUGGCAGCAGUCCACCUCUGUACUGUGUAGUUAUGUGCUGAUAAUGUUACUGUAUGCAGGCUAAACCAAUGAUGACAUAUUUAAAAUAAAAGAAGUGCUCUCCACA